UGUCGUUAAAGGUCUCAACAUUGCCUACCUGGGCUGAUUUCUUGAGAUCCUCAGAUCCCAAGCCUCCUGAGUAGUGAGGAUGGUAGGGGUAAUCCGGACCAUAGAAACAUUUUUAAUGUGCACGUGCCUUAUUUUGUAGGGAGAAGAAAUUGUCUAAACCCAAAUCAUGAGCUCAAACACCACCUCACGUUGUAUUGACUCAAGUCAAGGAAACAAAAGUGGGACGUUCAUUCUUACUUGUCACCGCAGGUAGCACUUCUUCUAACGUGCGUGAUGGCGGAGGGGAAAUCUCCAGCCCAAAAGAGACUUUGUAGACGCUUAUCAACCACCAAAGCAGCAAAAACCCCAUCUAAUUCUAUUAUUUCAUACUUUAACAAUGCUCCGCCUGCCAGAAUUGCCUGCCCCGUGUGUAGGAAAAUGGUCCCCAGGUAUGAAUUAAACCAGCACCUUGACCAGCUCUGUGCUAACGAUGGUGAUGCCAUUCAUGCCGAUCAGGCUCAGGUUUCCUUAACAAAUGCAGAUGUGUCCACUUCAGCUUUAGCCAACAUUUCCUCAGAAGAAAGAACAGCAAAGAAAUUGUCAUCACCAAAGACAAAUUUAUCUCCUGGCCAGAGUGGUCCCUCCAAAAUGGGCCUAAAACCACAAACCAGUCCCUACUUUAAAAAUAAAGAUGCGUUGGUGUGCAAAACCCAAGAUGACUUGGAAAAGAAGGGUGUACAAAUCAUUUCUUUGGGAAGCUUGUCAUCAAAAUUGUCCAGGAAAUCCAUAAAAGCUAAAAGGUCACUAGAUCAGCAUGAAGAAUUGGCUAGUCAUUGUUCAGAACUUGGAGGUAAGGAUCAAGUGAUGGAGAACCGUUCUCAAAAGGAAAAUAUUUUUACAUGGGAUUUGCCAAAGGGAGAGGACAUUCUGGAACAUGAGGAAGAUGGAGGCCUGAAGGCAGCCCAGGAGUGUGUGGACUUAGCCUUCAGCCCUGGGUGCUCAGAUAAUACUUCUGCUUUACGCUCGCCAGCUUUAACACUUAGCAAUGAUUUCAAGUCAAGUUCAGAAGACAGCCUUGGAGAGCAAGAAAAUGUCAAAGGAACCCAUGGCCCAGUUGCUAGAAAGCUCCAUGCAUGUCCACGUGAAAGGGUAGAAAUGGCCGAAAGGGUAGAAAUGGCCGUGGGUUCAAAUCUUCCCACACAGGUGUCAGCUUCAGACACAAAUUCUCACAGUUCUGCAGGUGAUGUUUCUAAGAGGAGUAACACCCACACACUUCCCCCGGAAUCGGACAGGGGCUUAAGGAAUGACAUCACUGGUAGCAUUCCAGCAGAGGAGGGCUGUCCUGGUGCCACGCCUCCGACUCCAGCCAGUCAUCCUUACUACCUGCGGAGCUUUCUCCUGGUCCUCCAAGCUGUGAUGGAGAAUGAAGAUGAUAGGAUGCUCUUCAGUGACCAGGAGAAGGAGAUUAUAACCCGAUUUUAUCAAUUAUCAGCUGGUGGUCAGAAGCUAUAUGUCAGGCUCUUUCAGCGUAAACUAACCUGGAUAAAGGCGAGUAAAUUAGAAUAUGAAGAGAUUGCCUCUGACUUAACUCCUGUGAUUGAAGAAUUAAAGCAUGCACACUUUGUACAGACAGAGUCUGAGUUGCAAGAACUCUCUGAAGUAUUUGAACUCCUUUCUGCUCCUGAAUUGAAAACGCUGGCCAAGGCCUUCCACUUAGUGAAUCCCAAUGGACAGAAACAGCAGCUGGUGGAGGCUUUGCUCAAACUGGCCAAACAGCGCUCAGUCUGCACUUGGAGCAAGAAUCAGCCUGGCAUCGGAGCAGUGAUUUUAAAAAGAGCUAAAGAUGUGGCUGGCCGUUCGCUCCGGGUCUGUAAGGGCCCCAGGGCCGUGUUUUCCCGGGUGCUGCUGCUGUUCGCAUUGACGGACUCCGUGGACGAUGAGGAAGCCGCGUGUGGUGGUCAAGGCCAGCUUUCCACAGUUCUGCUGGUCAAUCUCGGCCGAAUGCAGUUUCCUCGCUACCGCAUCCAUCGGAGAACUCGAAUCUUCCAGGACAGAGAGGACCUUGUCAGGUAUGCAGCUGCCAUGCACACGCUGAGUGAUAUUUCUACCGCAAUGGCUGCUGGGAACUGGGAAGAAGCUAAGGAACUCUGUCAGCACGCAAAAAAGGAUUGGGACACACUGAAAAGCCAUCCCUCUCUCAGAUUCCACGAGGGUCUGCCACUGUUUCUGCGGAGUUUUACCGUGGGGUGGAUUUAUACGAGGAUUUUGUCGCGGGCUGUGGAGAUCCUGGAGAGACUUCACAUGUAUGAGGAAGCCGUCCAGGAACUGCGACACCUCCUGUCUCAGAACACAUACUGCCCCGACAGCAGAGGUCGGUGGUGGGACCGCCUGGCUCUGAACUUGCAGCAGCAUCUCAAGCGCCCGGAACUGGCCAUCCAGUGCAUCCACGAAGGGCUGGCUGAUCCAGAAGUAAGGACAGGUCACCGUCUUUCACUUUAUCAGAGAGCUGUGCGCCUGCGCGAGUCUCCCAGCUGUAAAAAGUACCAGCACCUCUUCCGCCAGCUGCCUGAGAUGUCGGUGCAAGAUGUCACACACGUGACCAUCACGGGCCGGCUGUGCCCGCAGCGUGGGAUGGGCAAAUCCGUGUUUGUCGUCGACACGGUGGACAGCGCUGCCCCCGCCACAGUCCUGUGCUCUGUGGAGGAGCUGGCGCUGGACUAUUACAGACGGAAUGGCUUUGACCAGGGGAUCCAUGGGGAAGGUUCCACCUUCAGCACCCUGUGUGGCCUCCUGCUUUGGGACAUAAUCUUUAUGGAUGGGGUACCGGAUGUCUUCCGAAAUGCCUACCAGGCUUCCCCGCUGGAUUUGUACACGGACAGCUUCUUCUCCAGCCGGGGGCCAGCCCUGGAGGCCAGGCUGCAGCAGAUCCACAGCGCCCAGGGAGAGACCCUGCAGGCCUGGGUGGCGGCUGCGUGGCAGGCCCACGCAGGCCAGGCAGCUUCCCUGGUCAGCUGGGACCGCUUCACCUCCCUCCAGCAAGCGCAGGAUCUCGUCUCCUGCCUGGGCGGGCCCAUCCUCAGUGGCGUGUGCAGGCGGCUGGCCACUGACUUCCGGCACUGCCGAGGGGGCCUCCCCGACCUGGUGGUGUGGAACUCCGCGGGUCGUCUCGUUAAGCUGGUGGAAGUGAAAGGCCCCAACGACCGUCUUUCGCACAAGCAGAUGAUCUGGCUGGACGAGCUGCAGAGGCUGGGGGCUGACGUGGAAGUCUGCCACGUGGUUGCCGUUGGAGCCAAGAGCAAAGGCCUUACCUAAAAGCCACGGGGCCAGGGAUGUUUGCUCACGUGGGGGCCACAACCAAAUCAUGACUGUGUGUGGUGCCGGCGGCUCACGCCUGCCAUCCUAGCUACUCAGGAGGCUGAGAUCUGAGGAUCACGGUUCAAAGCCAGGCCAG